AUGUUAUCAAAAUUAUCAACAGUGACAACUUAUUUCAAUCAAUCACACAAAUUCGAAGCAAUACUAAAAGCUGAAGCGAAACGAACUCAUGUUAGAAAAGAAACAUUUGAUUCCGAUACAAGAUGGACGACAGUGGCUGAUUGUUUAAAAUCGUUUACUGUGUUGAGAAAUCCGUUGGAAACAAUCAUUUGUGUGUAUGGUGAAGAAUUACCACCUAAAGUGUUAGUGGUUGUGAAACAAAAGCAGUUGUAUCAUGAAAUUGACAAUUUGUACGGUAUUAUGCGAGUAUUGGCUUAUGCAGUUGGUAUUAUACAGGCUAAUUCGGCCUCAUUAGCUGAUUGUUAUUUAGUUUUAAUUUAUAUCACUCGAUUAAUGUCAAAAUUAAUAGCGCAAAAUGAUACAAAAGAAUUUGGAUGCUUUUUUAGUAAAUCGGUGAACAUUCGAUUGAAAGAAUUUCAAAAUGAUUAUUAUUUAGUAUGUUUUUAUUUACAUCCAAAAUAUCAUGAUGCCGGUAUGUUAACAAAAAGUAGGGAAACUGUUUAUCGAACGUUAGCGGAAUAUAGCAAGAAAAUUGGAAAUAAUGUCUGUUCUUUGACUAUUCUUUUAUUUUAUCAUAUUGUCUCUCCCCUAUUUAGAGCUGAUAUCUUUGGCGCUUAA